GCGGCCCCGUGGGGGGGGGGGUGGCUCCGGAGGCUGACGGAGGCCGCCGCCGGGGGUCCGGCAGUCAACGCCAUGUCGAGUCUGCACAAGAGUCGGAUUGCAGAUUUCCAAGAUGUCCUGAAGGAGCCCUCGAUUGCUUUGGAAAAGCUUCGAGAACUCAGUUUCAGUGGCAUCCCCUUUGAGGGCGGACUGCGGUGCCUCUGCUGGAAGAUCCUCUUGAACUACCUCCCCUUGGAGAGAGCUUCAUGGACCUCCAUCCUGGCCAAGCAGAGGGAGUUGUACUCUCAGUUCCUGAGGGAACUGAUCAUCCAGCCUGGCAUUGCCAAGGCCAACCUGGGCGUGUCCAGGGAAGACGUGACCUUUGAGGACCAUCCCCUCAACCCCAACCCCGACAGCAGGUGGAACACUUACUUCAAGGACAACGAGGUGCUGCUGCAGAUCGACAAGGAUGUCCGGAGGCUGUGCCCAGACAUGUCCUUCUUCCAGAGGGCCACGGAUUACCCCUGCCUCCUCAUCCUGGACCCCCAGAAUGAAUUUGAGACCCUCCGUAAGCGUGUUGAACAGACAACUCUGAAAUCCCAGACGGUGGCCCGGAACCGGAGUGGCGUCACGAAUAUGAGCUCCCCGCACAAGAGUCCUGCGCCAGCCCUCAAUGAGUACGCGGUGCUGCCCAACGGCUGUGAAGCCCACUGGGAGGUGGUGGAGCGGAUCCUGUUCAUCUACGCCAAGCUCAACCCCGGCAUCGCGUACGUGCAGGGCAUGAACGAGAUCGUGGGGCCUCUCUACUACACGUUUGCCACCGACCCCAACAGCGAGUGGAAAGAGCACGCCGAGGCCGACACCUUCUUCUGCUUCACCAACCUUAUGGCCGAGAUCCGGGACAACUUCAUCAAGAGCCUAGAUGACUCGCAGUGUGGCAUCACCUACAAGAUGGAGAAGGUGUAUUCCACCCUCAAGGAGAAGGACGUGGAGCUCUACCUGAAACUGCAAGAGCAGAACAUCAAGCCCCAGUUCUUCGCCUUCCGCUGGCUGACGCUGCUGCUCUCCCAGGAGUUCCUGCUGCCCGAUGUCAUCCGGAUCUGGGACUCCCUCUUCGCCGACGACAGCCGCUUCGACUUCCUCCUCCUGGUUUGCUGCGCCAUGCUCAUACUGAUCCGGGAGCAGCUGCUGGAAGGAGACUUCACCGUCAACAUGCGGCUCCUGCAGGAUUACCCCAUCACGGAUGUCUGCCAGAUCCUACAGAAAGCCAAGGAGCUCCAGGACGCAAAGUAGCCUUGCCGCAGAGGCCGGCGUUGGGAGAGCGCCAGCCGGGGAGGCUGCAGGCGCGGCCUGGCCCCCGGGCACACCGCCGGGCACACCGCCGGGCCGCCCCGGGCUGCGCUUCGGCCCAGCCACCCAGCCCUGCUGCCUCCCUCCCCUCCGGAUACAGCGCCAUCUUCUCACGCUGUUGAGCAGGGCUGCAGGUCCCAUGCAGGGCCGGGGCCAUUUG